AUGGCUGCAUAUCUUCGUCCUUCGGUCAAGGCGGCCGGACUGGCAGCUGCCGGAGCUGGUGUGGCCUACGCUGGAUACCAGCACUGGAAUUCUACCUCGUCCUUCUUCAACACAGUCCAUGCCGAGUCUUUACCCUCAGACUCCCAGGCAGCUCUGAAGAAAGUGCAAUGGAAGGGUUUCACCGAGCUCAAGCUGGAAAGUGCCGAGAUGGUCAACCACAAUGUCAGACGACUCACCUUUGCCCUGCCGGACGAUCAAUCCAUUACUGGUCUUCCCCUAAUCACAUCUCUCCUCACUCGACAUACACCUGAAGGGGCAUGGGUUCCCGUGUUCAGACCGUACACUCCCGUCAGUGGGAACGACGAAACCGGCCACGUGACAUUCAUGGUCAAGAAGUAUCCCAAUGGCAAGGGAUCCGGCAAGAUGCACUCGUUACAGCCUGGCGACACGCUGCUGUUCAAGCCGUUGCAUGAAUUCGACUACAAGCCGAAUCAGUUCUCCACCAUGACCUUGAUUGCUGGAGGAUCAGGGAUCACUCCCAUAUACCAGUUGACCAAGGCCAUUCUCAACAAUCCGGAGGACAAGACUAAGAUUGCUCUCGUCUAUGCCAACAAUUCCGAAGAGGACAUUCUGCUCAAGAAUGACUUUGACGAACUAGCCAAGAAGUAUCCUGGCCGAUUCACCCGACUCUAUACCGUCAGCAACACCACGCCCCAGAAUGAAGGCCUCUAUGAGAAAGGAUACGUCACCAAAGAAAUUCUGAAGAAAGUGAUGCCCCAAAAGGCGAAUAAGGUGCUAGUCAGCGGCCCUCCAGCCAUGACUGAAAGCGUUGCGGGCGCCAAAGGAGGCUUUGGUUGGACCCAGGGCUCCCUUGGAGGAAUCUUGAAGGAGCUCGGCUACACCAAGGAGGAAGUGCAUAAAUUCUAG